GUGUGUCUGUCUCGGCGCGACUACACAUUAUACGUAUACGCGUAGAUUUUUAGUAUUUUAGUGCGCGGUACAGUGUUUUAUCUGUGUGGUUUUUUAGGAUUUUACGGUUUUAUUAAGGUAUAUCAUACUGGUUUUAGGGUACUAUUAAUUUAUAUUCGGUUCCUGUGGACUUAAAGUGUAUGUGUAUUAGAUUUCGUUCUUAUGGUGGAUUAACUUUAACAGUUCUUAAAAAUAUACACACACCAACCAUGGAAGUCUCUUUUAAACCCUCUUAACCCUUUUAUAACCUUUUCAAAAUCCUCAACAAAUUUAGAAACCCCAUAAAAAUGUCCUAUCUACUACAAAACCACCAUUAGAAAACUCAUCCUUUUUUAUUUCCAUAAUGUUUGACCAUAUUUUGGACCGAUUGACCAGUCCAAACUCCAGAAGAAGACAUACGUACCAUUGUCCUGAGAUCCAGUCUGAUCCAGAAGAUUGUGAACCGGUGACAGUAUCCAGGAAACCCAGGCUGCUGGAAAGGAAGAAAAAAGGAAGAAGAGUUGAGGCUGGUUUGAGACAGGCCAGGAGUUUGGGAAGACUAGAUGGUCUGAAAGAGGCAGAAAGAUUAGCUGACUAUGGCAGAUUGCUGGGUGGUUCCCAGCCGGCUUUAGACGGCAGAAGACGAGAUUUAGACCGAAUUCAAGACCUGUUUCCUCACGAUUACCUGGGUCUACAUAUACCUGAACCGACUUCAUGUUACAACAUAGUUUUCAACUCCAAAAAUUCGUCAUUUUCUUUGCAGAAAAGUAAGUCUUUGAGGAAAAAAUCUUUGGGAGACUUGACGUCGAUAGAGAAUGGCGGACCUUGCAAAAGGAUUUUUCUGAUGGAAGCACCCUGCGCAAUGUCGCCCUCUCAGAUGCCCAUGAACGCCAAACCGAGACACCUAUUCCUGUUUUCCGAUCUGUUACUAGUUGCCAAGCCACGGUCUACAGGAAACUACAAAUUAAAAGAAAGCGUUAGAGUAUCAGAAAUAUGGAUAGCACCGUGCGUGGAGUCAGAAACAGGGUUCCUACUGGGCUGGCCGUCACCAGCCAGAACGUACUUGGUUACCUUUUGCACUCAGGCAGCCAGAGACUCAUGGUGGAGAGAACUGAGACAAGCGCUGGCAGCUCAAUUAAGACUGGAACCACCUAUAACCAAUAUCAAGGUCGUCUACAAAGACCCCCUGAGCGGUACAGAGUGUUCGAAAACUCUGGGCGUAGGCCCAGAGACGUCCUCGACAGACGUGGCAAGAUUGGCUCUGGAUGAAUCGCGAACUUGCGACGUCUCUUAUACUCUGUACGCUAGAGAUAGAGACAAUGCACCCUGUCCGCUAAUAGGCUGCGAAAGACCCCAUUCUAUACAGCUGGCCAGGUUAAGACAGUCUCUGUGUGCCGAAGAAGGAUUUGAUCUGACUCAUUGUAACAAAAGCAGGAUACCGUGUGACAUAGUUUUCGAACUGAAGCCUAGAAUCAAACCAAGCCCUAGAAAGACUCCUUUGAAAUUAUUUAGAAAAAACAGUUGCGGACGGGUUUUUGGCAUCUCCCUGUCUCGUUUGUGCUCCAACAACACUCUACCUCCCGUUAUUUUAGCUUGUUUAAGGUCCCUGUUCCAAAGGGGACCUCAUACUCAAGGCAUUUUUAGAAGAUGUGCUUCGGCAAAAGCUUUGAGGGAACUAAAGGAAAAAAUCGAUAACCAAGGGCCAUUAGUGUGCGAAGAAAUCACCAACACACCAACUUUACUUCUCGGAGCACUAUUAAAAGACUUUUUGAGGAGUUUACCAGAACCGUUACUCUGCGGGAACCCCCAGGAAUGGUUAAACGCCACUACCACCGGCCGACUAGAUCUUUUACGAAGACUUUUGGGUAAUUUACCCAGGGAAAACCAUUCGCUUUUAAGAUACGUCGUCUGUGUACUGUACAAUAUCGCUAAGAGGUCGAGAUAUAACUUAAUGUCAGCUGCCAAUUUAGGUGUUUGCGUGGGUCCAAGUCUAUUAUGGGAAUCGUCCCAAAAUGCUCCACUACGAACAUUGCCAACUUUGAUAGAAAUGCUAAUAAACAAUUGUCAGGCGUUGUUUGGGUCCCAAGUGGUGUCCCUUUUGGGAGAAGCAGCCCACGAUAGUGGGGCGGAAGAAUCUGACAGCUUACAUUCGCUGGGUCUAUCACUGGACUCGGUCGAAUUGAGCAAAGACCAGAAAUCGCUGAGCAGGGACUCCGGACUGACGCUGUCCGAGGACGACAGAGAGAGCCCGGGACUGAACUACCACACUGCGACGUUCCACAGAUCCGAUUGGGCGAGACAGGCGGCCAGGAUGCGGUCCCUGGAUAACACAACGUCCUGGAUUGAGGAGGACGAGGCGUUUUGUGCCUCAAACGAAAGUUUAUGUUCGCCGCCAAUACCGCCUCGUAGGCCUCCGCCUUUGAGGCACCUGCCCCCCGUUCACCUGCCUCCGAUUUACAGGCCACCACCCCCUCCACCGCCUGGUACCUACGCCACAGCCAGGGUUUUAUUAGUUACGACCGAUGCGGAAAGUGAAAGUUACGUUUGAAUGUGGAAAAUCAUCAAAAAAUCACAAACUUUGUAAAUUUGAGCGUUCACAACUGUGCCUUAUUCGUAUUAGAAAAUAAAUGUUUUUUUGCCUAAUAUUUAGGUAAAUAUUUGUUAUUACUAUUAUAUAUAUAUUCUUUUAUAUUUUUUGUAUUCGAAUUGUAAAUAGACUAUUAUUAUUGUGUCGAUUUUUGUACAAAUUAGUGUUUUUGUAUUACUGAAAAGAAUUAUAUAGUUUUUUAUAAGAAAAUAAUUAGAACAUUUGCCAUGAAUUUUUUGUAGGUCUAUUUGUAUGAUAUAAAUUGUUCGUUUUUUGAAUUUAAAGAAAUGAUUAAAUAUAUAUUUCGUAACAUA